UCUCUCUCUCCCUUUUCCCUCUCUCCCCCCACUUUUCAUUUUCUCCCACAAAUCCAUGACACAGUCUCCUCCCAAUUCUCUCUCCACUUUUCAUCUUCCCAACAGAUCCACCGUUCUAUGCGUGUUAUCUUUGGAUUCUCUUGUGCAUUGAGAUUUCAACCACGUGAAGGCAGCGACUCUAAGCACGCGGUUGACAAAGCUUGACUUAUUGGUGCGAUUCUGGUCGCCAAUUGGCUCCAUUAUAUAAAUCAAACCACAAGAGAAUGGGCAACAAGAACGCAUUUCCUAUUUCCUGAGAAGCAUUCUAGUUUUUUCUCCGUCAGACUUGAAGGUGAAAAUCAAGGGCAAAUUCACAGCAAAGCCGAAAUGCAUCAUCCCAUUUUUGGGCAUUCUUUUGCCGUGCUCGUGGCACCGGUCCUUCUCUUCGUGCUCGCGUUCUAUUUUCUCAAUAAGAAGAGAACUAGUGCGCGUAGAAAUGCAGAAGAUGUUGAUACUAGUGCAUCUGGUUCGAUGGCUGCACCGACGGAAGCUAAUUCCGAUGGAUCUAGUCUGUCUCCGACAAAAGCGAACAACGGUGUAUCUAGUUCGUUGACUGGAAACUGCUAUGAGGUAUUCCUGAGUUUUAGAGGCCCAGAUACUCGACAUGGCUUCACUUCUCACCUCUAUAAAGGGCUCGUUGAUGCUGGAAUUUAUGCUUUCAAAGACAAUGACGAGCUCCGUGAAGGCGAGAACAUUAGACCAGAGCUUUUGGCAGCAAUUAGAAAUAGUAAAAUCCUAAUCCCCAUUCUCUCCAUGACUUAUGGUACAAGCAGUUGGUGCCUGGAUGAAUUGGUUCAAAUAAUGGAUUGCAAGAAUAACAAGGGGCAGAUACUGUUGCCUAUAUUCUUCAAUGUGAAACCAGCUGAAGUGCGAUAUCAAACUGGGAGGUUUGGAGAGGCAUUUCAUAAGCGCUUGAGUCGUUUGCGUAAGAGGUCUUCUUUUUUGUAUUUUUUUGGUCAAAAGAGGUCUUCUUUCGACCUAGCGACUACUUUGGAGAAAUGGAAGAAAGCACUCGAUGAAGUCAGCACCUUGAAAGGAUACGAAACCCAAGGGUCUGAAGCAGAGUUGGUGAAAUCGAUUGUCCAAAAAGUGUUGAACGAAUUGAAGAAAAAGUUUGGGUUGGUCAAUCCUAAGAAUUUGAUCGGAAUUGAUGUUCAUGUGAAGAAGGUUAUGGAAUUUGUGCAUAAUAAAUCUCAUGACACCCUAUUCGUUGGCAUCCAUGGAAUGGGAGGCAUUGGUAAGACUAUGCUUGCUAAAGCCAUCUACAAUAAACUCUUCGAUCAAUUUGAGCAUCAUAGCUUCAUUGAUGAUAUAAGGGAAUCAUGUAAGCAUAAUCGUGUACAUUAUUUACAGAAUCGGUUAAUCUAUGAUAUAUUGAAGCAAAAAAUUGAAGUUGUUACUAAGGAUGAAGGGAUUGAGCUCAUCUCCUCCAGGUUUAAGCGUAAAAAGGUCCUCGUUCUUCUUGAUGAUGUGGAUGAUGUCAAUCAAGUGAAGUGUUUGGCUGGUAAUCAUGAUUGGUUUUCUUCGGGAAGUAGGAUCAUUAUUACCAGCAGAAACAAGGGGGUUCUUGAAGAAGCUAAGGUAGACUACAACUAUGAACAUGAGGUACUGGAUGGCAAUCAAUCUUUGAUUCUGUUUAGCAAACAUGCAUUUCGAAAUGACUCUCCUCUAAAGGAAUUUGAGGACCUCGCUCAUGAAGUCGUAUACAUCACCAAAGGGCUUCCCUUAUCACUUGAGGUUUUAGGUUCAUUAUUGUGUGGAAGAAAGCUACCGUUUUGGAGAGGUACAGUAGGUAAGUUAAAAGAAGUGCCUCCUCCAAAAGUGCAAGAGAAGCUAAGGAUAAGUAUUGAAGCAUUAGACUAUAAGCAAAAACAAAUAUUUCUGGAUAUUGCUUGCUUUUUCAUCGGCACUAACAAGAAUAUCACAUCCUACAUGUGGGACGCUUGUGGCUUUUUCCCAGAGGAAGGAAUUGAAGUAUUGAUAUUCAUGUCAUUAAUAAAAGUUGGAGAUGAUAAUAAGCUCAUAAUGCAUGACCAAUUGAGAGAUCUUGGUAGGGAAAUAGUUCGUGAAGAAGACCACCGAGAGCCUUGUUGCCGUAGUAGGUUAUGGGACUAUGAUGAAGCUCAAAAGGUACUAAAGGAAAAUAAGGGAACGGACAAGAUUGAGGCAAUUAAUCUGAGUGAAGGUAGCGCAGAAGGCUUCAAUGAAAUAUUUCCGCUAGAAAAGAAUGAGGGAGAUGGUGACAUUUACACAGAAAAACAAUUUAAGAAUUUGACGAAGCUAAGAUACCUUCACAUGAUAAAUGUACAUCUCAGUGGAAAUUUUAAGGACUUAAUGAAGAGGUUAAAAUGGCUUCAAUGGCGAAAAUGUCCCCCGAGUUUUGAAGUAAGCACUUUUGAUGUAAAGGAAUUAGUUGUACUCGAAUUGCAAGGAAGCAAGAUAAAUGAGAAAUGGGAGGGAUGGAGUUUUUUCAAGAUGGCAGAUAAGCUCAAAUAUCUAGACCUUUCAUAUUGUGAAUCCUUCGAAGAUGCCGACUUCCUCUUAGCUUUCAAGAAGUUAGAGGUUCUCAUCCUUUAUAAGUGUGAGAGACUGAAGCAAAUCAAUGCUUCAAUUGGAGACAUGGAGGCCCUCCUUCACUUGGACUUGGGCGAGUGUUACAGCCUCAUGGAGCUUCCGGCAGAAAUAGGUAAAUUAAAAGCGCUGCAGCAACUUUAUGUGAAUCAUACUGCCCUUUCUACAUUACCAGAUAGCAUAGGGUCUUUGAAGAAUCUAGAGUUUCUAACGGUUAAUAAUACUAGUAUAGAAGAAUUGCCCAACAGUAUUGGGAGUCUGAGAAAGCUCCGAGAGUUACGUGCUUCAGUUUGCCCCAAUUUGAAACGGAUAUUGGCAGAAACGAUGUGUAAUCUUUCUUCUCUGCGACGCCUUUAUUUUAAUUCCUGCAAAAGGCUCCAAUCACUGCCGGACCUUCCUUUCGGCUUAACACAUUUGCACGUCCCUUAUGGAAGUUGCAAAUUGACUUCGUUUUCCCACCUAACCCAUCUCAAGGAACUACGAGUUUGGGAUGACAAGGAUUUUUACAAGCGGGAGCUUCAAUCAGCGCAAUUAAAGAGUUCAGAAUGCUCCCAACCAACAAACGUUGAAGAAUCAAAAUCAUCACAAUCCCUAAACACACCCUUCAAGUUGGAACUCUUGGAGGUCAAGGACUGUAGAUCUAUCGAAACACUGGAUGUUUCACAAUCUAUCCACCUACGGACAUUAGAUGUCAGAGGUUGCCAUAAUCUACUUGAAGUUCAAGGUCUUGACAAAUCGAUAUAUUUGGAGAAAUUGCAUGUUGCAAAUUGCAAUAAAUUAGUCGAAAUUCAAGACCUUGAUAGAUUGGAGAAUUUGGAAAGCCUAGAUAUCCUUAGGUGCACUUCAAUGGAAAGGCUGGCCCUUCCAAAAUCCGGGAGGCUGAAGAAUUUAAAUGCUCAAGAGUGCAAAAACUUAGCUGAAAUUCAAGGUCUUGAUAGGUCUGAGUAUUUGGAAAGUCUAGAUAUCAAAGGGUGGACUUCAAUUGAAAAGCUAUACCUUCCAAAAUCUGGGAGGUUGAAGAAAUUAAGUGCUUGCAAAAACUUAGCCGAAAUUCAAGGUCUCGAUGGGUUAGAGAAUUUGGAAAGUCUAGAUAUCUCUGGGUGCACUUCAAUGGAAAGGCUAUCCCUUCCAAAAUUCAAGAGUCUAGAGAUAUUACAAGCUAGAGACUGUGCAAACCUGAUAGAAAUUCAAGGCCUCGAUGGGUUGGAGAAUUUGGAAAGCCUAGAUAUCUCUGGGUGCACUUCAAUGGAAAGGCUAUCCCUUCCAAAAUUCAAGAGUCUGAAGAUAUUACAAGCUAGAAACUGCGCAAACUUGGUCGAAAUUCAAGGCCUUGAUGGGUUGAAAUAUUUGAAAAGCCUAGAUAUCUCUGGGUGCACUUCAAUGGAAAGGAUAUCCCUUCCAAAAUCCAAGAGUCUAAAGAUAUUACAGGUUAGAGAUUGCGCAAACUUGAUUGAAAUUCAAGGCCUCGAUGGGUUGGAGUAUUUGGUAAGCCUACAUAUUGAAGGGUGCACCUCAAUGGAAAUGUUAUCUCUUCCAAAAUCCGGGAGGCUGAAGAAAUUAAAUGCUUGCAAAAACUUAGCCGAAAUUCAAGGUCUAGAUAGGUUGGAGAAUUUGGAAAGCCUAGUUAUCUCUGGGUGCACUUCAACGGAAAGGCUAUCCCUUCCAAAAUCCAAGAGUCUGGAGAUAUUACAAGCUAGAGAUUGCACAAACUUGGUCGAAAUUCAAGGCCUCAAUGGGUUGGAGAAUUUGGAAAGCCUAAAUAUCUUUGGGUGCACUUCAAUGGAAAAGCUAUCCCUUCCAAAAUUCAAGAGUCUGAAGAUAUUACAAGCUAUAAACUGCGCAAACUUGGUUGAAAUUCAAGGCCUCGAUGGGUUGGAAUAUUUGAAACGCCUAGAUAUCUCUAGGUGCACUUCAGUGGAAAGGAUAUCCCUUCCAAAAUCCAAGAGUUUAAAGAAAUUAGACGCUAGAGACUGCGCAAACUUGGUCGAAAUUCAAGGCCUUGAUGGGUUGGAGUAUUUAGAAAGCCUAAAUAUCUCUAGGUGCACUUCAAUGGAAAGGCUAUCCCUUCCAGAAUCCAAGAGUUUGAAGAUAUUACAAGCUCGCUAUUGCGCAAACUUGGUCGAAAUUCAAGGCCUCAAUGGGUUGGAGUAUUUGGAAUACCUACAUAUAUAUGGGUGCACUUCAAUGGAAAGGCUAUCCCUUCCAAAAUCUAGGAGGCUAAAGGAAUUAAAUGCUUGCGAAAACUUAGUCGAAAUUCAAGGUCUCGAUGGAUUGGAGAAUUUGGAACGCCUAAAUAUCUCUGGGUGCUCUUCAAUGGAAAGGAUAUCCUUCCAAAAUCUAAGAGUUUGAAGAUAUUACAAGCUAGAGACUGCGCAAACUUGGUCGAAAUUCAAGGCCUCGAUGGGUUGGAGUAUUUGGAAAGCCUAGAUAUCUCUAGGUGCACUUCAAUGGAAAGGCUAUCCCUUCCAAAAUCCAAGAGUCUGGAGAUAUUAAAUGCUAAAGAAUGCAAAAACUUGAUCGAAAUUCAAGGCCUUGAUAGGUUGAAGUUACGGGAACUGAAUAUCAUCGAAUGCAAGUCACUCAAAACAAUUCCAGAAUUAUCCGGAACUCAGAUUUAUCGAUAUUAUAGCGAAUCUAUACGGAUGACUCGGAUGAGUCAAUAUAAUUGAAAUAAUCCCUAUAUAUUAUCAAAGGUACAUAGAGAAGGGAACUGAGGGGAGAUAUUCACGGAAAUUGUUGUGUGCUUUGGCAACAAGAUUUUGCUUAUCAUGCCAGUAAGGGAAAUAGAUGGAAAAUGCUUUCUAAGCGCAUCAUUUGUCAUUAGUUUUCGGGAUUCAAGUGGACUUUCCUCAUCCUCUCACUCUUCAACUGGCUCGAGCAUUCCUCUAGCUUUAGCUAUGGAGACCAGCGAAGGACCACAAUGCGUCGUGCUCCUAUUUCAGCUUUAGUUCGAUAAAUCACUGGCUUCUCAUUGGCUAUUUAGGUGAAGAUGACGAAGUGGAAUUCAAAGAAGUAUUGGCCGGCGAUGGUCAUGAAGGACUUGAAGGCGAUGUUAAUUGGCAGAGGCUGUGGACAAUCUCUCCUUAUAAUUGCUUUGAAGUGAGAAAGUUGGUCAACUUAGUCUUCCUUGGAUACUACAAAUUAUGGUCAGCUUGGUAUUUGGCUUAAUGUACUCUAGCAGCUAUUUUGGUAGGCCUUCACUGGGUUGUGCUAUCCAUUCGUUGGUGAGAGAGUUCUAAUACCAUGGUGUAAUGGAACUUGGUCAUGCUUUAAAUGUCAGAAUGAUAUGUUGUCAAGCCUAGUAUUGUUUUCAUGUGCUCUAGCAGCAUGUCCGAAUUAGUUGCUAAACUGAUGAUGUG